CUUGAGGUUGUAGCAAAGCGUUUACUUUUCCGACGUGACUCUAUUGUUGAUUUAGAGAAAAUGCGUUCGGAUAUUAUUGCGUUCGUGACUGUAAUUACCGGUGUUGACCGCUGUAAAAAGAGAGGGAAAUUUGCAAAUAAUUAUUUGGGGCGGGAGUGAAGUUUUGAUGUGGAUUAAAACUAUACUGAUGUAAAAGCAAAAAUGAAAACGAAAGUCGAUAAGAAAAAUUCUGCCUCGGAACCGGAUCUUAAAACGGCCGGAAGAAAACUCAAAUCCGGCUUUCCGCCGGGGAUCACAGUCGACGAACUUUGGUUGUACCGCCGGAAACGACCUUCAGAAAACCUAUGGCCUAAUGACAAUCUGAAACCACGAGAAGGUUCUUUUAAAUUGCUCAAAAGUGAAUACAGACGCAGAUUUAAGGAUUUUAGGUCGUGUGACAACCUUCGAGAGGAAAUUUCACCUGUGAGAAAUGUGAAACCAGACGACCACCUGAAACUUGAAGGUUCUUACGAAUUGCAGCCGCUUUACAAGGAGAAUUUUAUCCAAUAUCCGAUUGAAAGACCGGUGCAUAGACCCACCACUAGUUCGUUUCAAAUUAUCGAUUUGAGUGAAAACGAAAUGAGGGAAAAUUCAAGAGAGAAUGAAAGACUGUUAACCGAAAUCCGAUCAAGAUACCCACCGUAUCCAUACCAGGAACGCCCCCCUUUAAUUAAAAGAGAAACAAAUUUAAAACUCGAAGGUGAUUUAUACACAACUACCGAAAAGGCUGAAAAAUUCAUUCAGUAUCUCUUAACCAACAAACCACCUUUAAUGAAGAAACCCACAACUUUGAAACUGGAAGGCGAGAUGGACAUUAACACGGAAAAUCGUGAAAAAUAUGUUCCCUAUGAGAUCGCUCCAAGACCUCCACUUUGCAAAAAAUUCACAAAUCUCCACCUGGAAGGCGAUUUAAACAUUCUUACGGAAAAACAGGAAAAGUUUAUUCGAUACGACGUCCAAAAACGUCCACCUCUUACCAAAAAACACACAAAUUUGGUCAUUGAAGGCGACUUGGAAUUACUUCCGGAAUAUAGACGUGAAUUUAUCGAAUAUAAAACAGAACGGCCGAAAUUAGCACUCCCAGUGAAUAAUUUAAAGACUGACGGUUUUUACGAUGUGACGCCCGACGUUUCGGUCGCUUUCCAACAACAAAUCCACCCUCAAAUACCUAAUUUACGUGGGGGCGAAGGACAUGAAGACAUGACUUUGAGGACAAGGCUUGGACGGACCACACGUGAAAAUAGUUUAGUAGAUGGUCCGUUGGAAACGGAUGAGUCUGCGAAAAUUACAAAUCACUUGCAUUUGGAAGGAAGAAUUGAUUUGAAUCCUGAAUAUAGAAAUGCCUACAUUGACUUUAAUAAGGAGGUUUCAGCACCUCGAACUAGGCGUCGAGGGCCUGAAAGUCACCUGAAAAGUGAAGGCAAAAUGGACAUUACUCCGGAAUAUAAAUGUUCAUACGUUGAUUUUCCGAGAACUCGGCCGCAAGUAAAACGGCCAGAAAAUAGUCUAUCGAGUGAAGGAGAGAUCGAUCACAUGACUGAAAAAAACGAAAAGUAUGUUCCUUUUGCCAACGUUCCACGGACUGGUCCCUUAAAACGGGACACUGAACUGAAACUGGAGGGAAAUAUCGAGUGCCAACCCGAAUACCGAAAAGCAUACAUUGAUUAUUUAAUUCGCGAACGAGUGGAACGCAAACCUAGACCUUUGGAUAAUUUAGGCCAACCACCACGACGAAUAAUCGAAGAGGAACCGCUCGAAAAAACCCUAAUUCAUGCCCAAAUCCCUACUGUUAAGGAAGAGCCCCAGAAACGCCCUAAAAGCACCCGAAACCGUUCCCUCUCCCAGAUCGAAACUUCAGUAUUCGGUCCCAAACUCACAGUCCCAGAAAAACCACAAUCCAGGAGUUCAAGUCCCAAACCUCCAUCCCGGAGGAGAUCCAGGACUGUUCCUCGGAAUGUUUCAAAUUCGUCCGAUUCGGACGUCCCUUCACGUAAACACAAAACAUUCGGAAAACCGGUCCUAGUUGAAAAUUUGGCAAGUCGAAGUACUACUCCAGUUUUACCAAUGAUUGACGUUUCAGCAAGGAAUAAAUGGAUGAGGGAUAGUUCGGUGGAAUCGUCUUCGGCUUUCGUCGUCUUAGAUAAAAAUGUAAAGAGAGAUAAAUGGACACCGUGGCAGAAUUAUUAGGUGCCUUUUGUUGUUGGAUCGGAUUUUGGUAGAUCUCAGGUCCUUUUAGUGCCAUGAAUUUGUAAGUUUUUGUUAGAAAAAUAAAUAGAACUGAAUUAG